AUGGCCUUUGACCGCCUCGGCAAAGCGCUUUUCGUGCUCGAUGUGCUCAUCGUCGUCUACAUUUUCUGGGCUACUGUUCAGAAGUUGGGAGAAAGGCCUCCUUUCCAUCUUCCGGAUGUGCCGGACCUCCCGCCUAUCGGACCGGGACGCUACUGCCAGACGGAUGGGUGCAAAUUGUCGGCAAAAACUUUUGCCAAACUCACGUCGCCCUACGAUUACACCACUGAAGCGCUAAAUGUGACGCAUGCCCGUUGGCCAAGGCUCGAGUUAGAGGCGAUAAUUGAGGCGAUGUUCCGCUGGAAGAGCCCCGGGUCCGUGUUUUGGAACUGGAUGGAGCACUCGAGUUAUUUUGCGAAGCUCGAGCAAAUCUUCAUCCAAGACCCAGAUACCGUCGUCGAGGUGAUGAUAGUGGAAUAUUUUCUCGGACGUGCCACUAAAUUCGGCCCUAGCUACCAGGACUUCCAAGGCCUCGGCUUCGAUCUGGAGCGGCACUGUCUGGAAACUACGAUUAUGACGCAUCCGCGAUGGGUCGACUCGUUCGCCUUGGAUCACGUGUAUGACCGGGAAAAUCGCCAGCGUAUUGAGGAACUUGGCGAGAAAGUUCGCAAGGCGUUUUCCGAAGUCGUCCGCGAGAGUCCGUGGGCCGAUCAACCAACUCAGGACAGGGUCAUAGAAAAGUACACUCCCGCCUCAAAGUCGACCUACUUUGAAUACGCCGAGGCCCUCUACGCCUUCCGAUACGAGCACAAAUAUGGCAACGCAUUCCAAUUUCCACAAACCAUCUACAACGCGCACAACGCCGUGGACUUUAUCACCGUUUACUGGGGCCUCGUCAAAGAACCGUACUACUACCCGGAUGCCGCCCUCGAGGUCAUCUACGGCGGCAUGGGGUUAACCAUCGGCCAUGAGCUGGCCCACACCUUCGAUAACAAUAUACUGGCCUACAACCGGGCGGUUCUCGUCGGCCCUGAGGACAAUCAACAGUAUGACGCACAAGUCGAGUGUAUCCAGCAUCAAUAUGAAAACGCGACCGUACCCUAUGAAUUCAGCAACGGCACCUUCUCGCAACCCGGCGAGCUCACGGAUGGCGAGGCGAUUGCCGACAACAUGGGCCUGCGCACGUCUUUUAGGGCCUAUCGUACGGAGCGCAAUCGGCUGUACGGCAAUGAUCCGCCCGCGCUCAAGGGGCUCGAGCAGUACACCCCCGAUCAGCUCUUCUAUGUAGCCGCCGGGCUGAUGCACUGCGCGCAUGAGGGCGACAACCAGCUGCGCGUGUUGCUCGCAGACGUCCAUCCACCAGGCAAAAUUCGCAUGAAUGAGAUGAUGAGAAACUCGCAGCAGUUCUCGGAAGUAUUCAAGUGCCCACUGAACUCGCCGAUGAACCCGCCGAAAAAGUGCCGCGUGUGGCGCUACAAGAAGCAGAAGAAGCAC